UAAAAAAAAUAGUUGUUCACAAGUGCAAUUUCAAAAAACAAAUGAAAGUUAAAUUCGCGGAAAAAUCUCAAGAUAAUUGCUGUGAAUCUGGUCAGAUGUUGACAAAUUUUUAUUGAAAAAAAUUGAUAAAUUUUAUUUAUUUGAUUUUCUCGAAGUUAAAAGAAUAAGCAAACAUUUGAAAAUCUUGACUUGAAAAUUUUGACUGUUAUCAUGGAGAAAUCGAAUUGAAACUAACAAAAAUGAAUAUACUCAAUCUGGAAAUAAAUUUAUGGAAAAAAUUGAUGAAAAAUAAAUACUAUCGUUUCAUACACAAUCAUAUCAAUAAUCUAUAUCAUUAUGAUGAAAUAAUACGAAAACAAUACUAUCCACGAUCAACGGAAAAUUAUAAUGAAAAUGAACAAAUCGAGAAAUCAAACGAAAUGAUUCGUCGUCCAUUCUGGAAUGUAAUUGUACCCGGUCUGAUCUGCUGUUUAUAUUCUUUUGGUCUAUUUGUCUAUCUCAUUUGGCCAGAUAUUGUUUAUGUGCAUCCAUUUUUUCUUAUUGUACCACAUAUGUACCCAGCUAAUAUUCGAAUAUAUUGUUCAAUAAUGAGUUUAAUAUGGGGAGUAAACUAUAUAUUUCAAGUAUUCUAUGGCCUUUCAACAGAUUUGCGACAUUAUCAAUUUUUGCAUAUAUUACAUUUAAAUAAAUCGAAUGGACGUGGUUUAGAUCAGGAAAAUCUACGACGUUUACGAUUAUUUCGUGAUCGUGUGUUUUCAAUUCGAACGACUAACAUGUAGUUCAAUUGGAUUUACGGCAUGGAUUGCUAUUUCAUUUGCCGUCAUACAACAACGUCUUUGGGAACAUUCAAUAUUAUGGCUAUUUUUUUGGAGUGCAAUUUUUAUG